CUAUCGUUUCCCUUUUUUUUUUCACCUUGCCCAGUUCCUGUCCCAAAUGCAAAACACUGUAAUUUUUUUUUUCAUUCUUUAUCGAUUCGAAUGGUUUGUGCAGAUGUCAUUAAGCUCAUUAUACGACAUUGUUACAAUACACGACCCUUGAUCUUCAAUUUGUAGAAAGGACAAACCAAUCUUGAGGAAAGGCGUGCUUAUAUCAGGGAUUGCGAGUGCUGUGGUUUCCUCAUUGUGUUGGUUUUGGGGAAAAAAGCUGGUUUUUAGACAUAAUUUGAAAAAGCGUUUUGACAUGGACAGCAAAUGGGUAACAGUUGUACUCCUUAUUGUGAUAGCUUCACUUUCAAGACAAGUAACAGGUAUGAAUCACUAUUACCAACAAUAUGAAGACAGUUACCCUCGGAGAAGACCUUAUGAUGAAGAUCGGAUACUGUACACUUUUUCUUCAAACAAUCCUCAUUACCCACAGAAUCAUCCAAUUUGGGAACAAUUCUGGGAUGCUUACAACUAUAAAGGUCCAUUAGAAGAAGAUCCCCGAUACCUUGAAAAUAACUUCGGAAUCAAUAACGAUUACUCAAGACCAGGAUAUUUCGUACCAAGUAGACCAGUUUCUGUUGUUCCUGCUCGUGGAGUAGAUUCAAAUAGAAAUGAAGCUUAUAACAGAUACCGAGAAUACUUCUUUAGACGUUAUGGAAGUAAUUACAUAGACUAAUACAAAAUAAUUCAAAGGAUAAAAUGUUUUCUUUAAGUACUUUGUUUAAAAUAUUUCGUGAUGUUGUUCCGCAAAAACAUUUGUAAUUUUUUAUUUACAAUACCAUAAUUUAACAUCAAAACAACGCAACAUGAAAAUAAUGUUU